CGGUGGCCCCUCCCUCGCCCCUCUGUCUCAGCUCUGCCAUGGCCCUCAGCAGGCAAGGAGGGGAGGAGCUGAUCCCGCACAAAAGGAAGAGCGACUGGAGUCAGGGAGGUCAUGCAGUGCGCUCCCCGGUCCAGACAAGCAGGACUCCCCUCCCUGUCCAGCCUGGGGGCCUGGGGUGGACCCACACUCUGCUGCAGAAGCCAGCGGCUCCCGGGAACCGGAACCGAGGUGGCAGCUGAGUCCCCCAUUUUCACUGCCCCAGCUCCGCAGCUGUGGAAGGUCAGGUGAGGAACGGGAGCCCUGGGGGGACCCCACUCGCUGUUCCCUAUGCCCGCUCUGCACAGCCGCCUGGAGCUGCAGGUCCCUGUUGCCGAGCAGCCACGGGCCUCUGGGACCCCCUCAGGGCACCCUUCCACCUUGCGCCCUGACAGGAGAGGGUCCUCUCGCCCCGCCCCUCCCUUGUGCCCAUUCCACUCUGGCCCGCCGCUGUCUCCAGCCGGUCCCGGCUGCCUGCCCAGUCACCCGACCCGCCCUUCAAACUUUACGGCAGGCAGGCAGGCGGCAGGCGGCAGGCGGUGCGUGUGGGGCGGUGGCAGGCCUGGUGGGGGCGGGGGCUACUGCUUAAAGGAGCCGUCGGAGGGUGCCCUGUGGCCCCCAGCCUUCUCCCCCUCCCGGGAUGUGAGUGGGCUGGGGCAGGGAGGAGCCUGCUGGAGUUGGGGCAGCCAGCGGUGUCACCUCGCAGACCUGCAGAGACUGAGAAGAGGCAGCCUGUGGCAAGUGUCAGCGGAAGGAAGGAGGGAGGCUGGGGUCCUCGCAGGGGAGGGUCCAGGAACCCGGGAGCUGGGCUGCAGCCUGUGUUGGGGGAGGCGGCUGGGACCUGCCACGGUUACGGCACCCCUUGCUUAAUCCCGCCUCUGGACCGUGCUGGAGCUCCUGUGCCCAGCACCUGCCCAGCUAGCCGGUGGGAGGGAAGGUGGGCAUGGCAGCCCCAUGUGAGGGGUCCGGGGAGGGUCUCUGGUCACAGGAUGAAGGAACUCAAAACGGGGGAGAGGCUCAUGGAGGCUGAGGGGACCCCAGAGGGAAGGACAGCUGGCCCAGCCGGGGGGGGGGGGGGGCUGAGAGUGACAGGCCGCCUUACCGUCCCUACCUGCCUACCCCGGGUGCCCCUGGAGUCUGAAGCCUGACCUCACUGACUGUCGGUGGGUCCCCAGCCCCUUCCUUGCCCUGGAGCCGCAGGGCUGCUGGAGCUGGCUCAGGAGCAGCCCUCAAGUCGCAAGGAGGCAGAAGUGGAGGUGACCGCCCAGCCCAGGGGCCCCGAAGCUCCCAGGCAGCGCUUACCCCUAUUAGGAAUGGGUGUCCCAGGGUCCGAGGGAGUGACUGAUGCUGCGGCUGUUUGCCCACUUGCACGCCCCCCCCACUCUUGCAUGUGUGCAGAUGUGCAACACAUGCAUGCAAAACAUGCACACAUCACACACAGUGCCACGUGUGCGUGAAGGAACACAUCUAUGCACUCAACACAUGUGCAAGGCAACACGCACCAUCUGUUGGCACCCAGAUAUACACAUGUGCACGCCCACACACGCACGCUAUCCACACACACGCAUUCACACAGGGACCCUCGGAGACACACCGACAGGCACCCACACUCGGCGGCAGCCCCAGAAGUACCUCUGUGUUUCUCUGUGGGUGCGCGGGCACCUCCGGAGGCCUGACUCCUUCAACUUGCUGCCUGACACUCUCGGUCCUGUCAUCCUCUUGAGCCGCUUGUUUUGCUCUCUGCACUUGGCGCCCUCUGGAAUGACCUCACCCAUCGGACUGCACUCCUCAUUGGCACUCUGCCUCCUCCCGCUUGGGGACCUCGUCUGGGUCUGCCAGUAUCCCCAGUCCUAGUCCCAGGCUGGCACGGUGUGGGCAUGCGGGGUUUGUGAAUGAACGUCUGAGUGCUGUGAGUGUGUGCAAGGGAGGGACGGUUGCCGGGGAGGUGACGUGGUGGUGGCGCGGGCGCGUGCCAGUGCAGGGUGACCCUGAGGGUGUGCCCGGCCGUGGGUGUGUCUGAUUGUGGCCAGGCGGGGCACCCUCGGAGGGGAGGGCUCUCGGAAGCGGAAUGCGACCCCCCAGCCUCUCUCCCCUAGGGGCUGUAAUCCGAUCCCCGGGGACUCCCCCCUAGCCUCCCGCCCUCGCCCUCGGCUGGGCUGCCGACUCCUUCUCUUCCAGAUCCCAGGGCAGAGUCCAGGGCGGCUCAAGGCUCCUCCACACACGCCCGCUGAACCCUGAGCGCCCUGAGCUGCCGGGAUGGGGCGGGCUGAGGCCGCCGCCAUGAUCCUGGGCCUGGCCCUGCUCUGGGCAGAGGGGCUGGGGGGUACCACCCCCAGCCCCCCACGCCUUCGGCUCUCCUUCCAAGAGCUGCAGACCCGGCACGGGCUGCGGACCUUCCGGCUGGAACGGACCUGCUGCUACGAGGCCUUGCUGGUGGAUGAGGAGCGUGGCCGCCUGUUCGUGGGUGCUGAGAACCAUGUGGCCUCCCUGAGCCUGGACAACAUCACCAAGCGGGCCAAGAAGGUGGCCUGGCCAGCCCCCGUGGAGUGGCGAGAGGAGUGCAACUGGGCCGGGAAGGACAUUGGCACGGAGUGCAUGAACUUUGUGAAGUUGCUACAUGCCUACAACCGCACCCACCUGCUGGCUUGUGGCACAGGGGCCUUCCACCCAACCUGUGCAUUUGUGGACGUGGGCCACCGGCCUGAGGAGCCCACGCUCCGGCUGGACCUGCGAAGACUUGAGGACGGCAAGGGGAAGAGUCCUUACGACCCCAGGCAUCGGGCUGCCUCCGUGCUGGUGGGGGAGGAGCUGUACUCGGGGGUGGCAGCAGAUCUCAUGGGCCGGGACUUCACCAUCUUCCGCAGCCUGGGCCGGCGUCCGAGUCUCCGAACAGAGCCACAUGACUCUCGCUGGCUCAACGAGCCCAAAUUUGUGAAGGUCUUUUGGAUCCCGGAGAGCGAGAACCCAGAUGACGACAAAAUCUACUUCUUCUUCCGUGAGUUGGCGGUGGAGGCUGCGCCGGCCCUAGGGCGCCUGUCGGUGUCCCGCGUUGGCCAGAUCUGCCGGAACGACGUGGGCGGCCAGCGCAGCCUUGUCAAUAAGUGGACGACGUUCCUGAAGGCACGACUGGUGUGCUCAGUGCCUGGCGUCGAGGGUGACACCCAUUUCGACCAGCUCCAGGAUGUGUUCCUGCUGACGUCGCGGGAGCGCCGCACCCCACUGCUCUACGCUGCCUUUUCCACGUCCAGCGGCGUCUUCCAGGGCUCAGCCGUGUGUGUGUACAGCAUGGAUGAUGUGCGCCGCGCCUUCCUGGGACCCUUUGCACACAAAGAGGGGCCCACACACCAGUGGGUGUCCUACCAGGGCCGCGUUCCCUACCCGCGGCCGGGCAUGUGCCCCAGCAAGACCUUUGGCACCUUCGGUUCCACCAAGGACUUCCCUGAUGACGUCAUCCAGUUUGCCCGGAACCACCCUCUCAUGUACAACUCGGUGCUGCCCGUUGGGGGGCGCCCUCUUUUUCUACGAGUGGGCGCCGGAUACACCUUCACCCAAAUCGCGGCCGACCGCGUGGCAGCUGCGGAUGGCCACUAUGACGUCCUCUUCAUUGGCACAGACGUAGGCACAGUGCUGAAGGUGAUCUCCAUGCCCAAGGGCAGCCGACCUAGCGCGGAGGGGCUGCUUCUGGAGGAGCUGCACGUGUUCGAGGACGCAGCCGCUGUCACCAGCAUGCAAAUCUCCUCCAAGAGGCACCAGCUGUAUGUAGCCUCGCGGAGCGCUGUGGCGCAGAUCGCGCUGCACCGCUGCGCUGCCCACGGCCGCGCCUGCGCCGAAUGCUGUCUGGCGCGUGACCCCUACUGUGCCUGGGACGGGGCCACGUGCACACGCUUCCAGCCCAGCGCCAAGAGGCGGUUCAGGAGACAAGACGUAAGGAACGGAGACCCCAGCACGCUGUGCUCCAGCGACUCGUCCCGCCCCACGCUGUUGGAGCGGAAGGUGUUCGGGGUGGAAGGUGGCAGCGCGCUUCUGGAAUGUGAGCCCCGUUCGCUGCAGGCACGCAUGGAAUGGACCUUCCAGCGCGCAGGCGAGGCGGCCCACACCCAGGUGCAGGCGGAGGAGCGCGCCGACCUCACCGCGCAGGGCCUGCUGCUGCGCGGGCUGCGGCGCGGGGACUCGGGCGUGUACCUGUGCGCCGCCGUCGAGCAGGGCUUUUCGCAGCCGCUGCGGCGAGUGGCGCUGCACGUGCUGAGCGCAGCGCAGGCCGAACGGCUGGCGCGGGCAGAGGAGGUUGCGCCGGCCGCAGCACUGCCGGGCCCCAAACUCUGGUACCGGGACUUCCUGCAGCUGGUGGAGCCGGGCGGCGGAGGCGGCGCGAACUCCUUGCGCAUGUGCCAGCCCCAGCCGCAACCCGCGGCGCACGCCCCGGCCCCGACGGCGCGGAGGAAGGGCCGCAACAGGCGGACGCACACCUCUGAGGCGCGUGCGGAGCGCGGGCCGCGCAGCGCUGCGCACUGGUGACCGGGCCGACCCCGCCACGCUGGGGACCAGGCAGGAGACGAGGGGCGGGAGAGGGGGCGGACAGAGCCGGGGAAGACGACUGGUUGGGGCCAGGUACGUUGGGGUCCCUGGCCGGUGGAGACGCCGGCCGAUAGGCCUUGGCUUAUUUAUUAAUUAACAGGAUAACUCUUGGAUGUAGCGCGGGAGAGGGCAGCCCCGGCCCGGCGCAGGCUGUGGCCGGCAGGAUGGGGGCGGAGAAGCGGGGCUCCAAAGCCACGAGCAGGGCUGGGGAGGUGCCCUAAUGGCCACCUCGGAGAGGGACGGCCGUCCGUGGGCAGCGAGCAGGAGGCUGUGAACAGGCUGGGCUCCUGGAGGCAGGCCGACUGUAUUAAAGCAAUGCAAUAAAUAUGUUAUCGGUGGCAGCUGGAAUGGCCCCGGCGGACAACCGCUAGCCCUAGACCUUGCUAUGUGGUCUGCGGCGCCUUCCCAGCAGCCUCGGGGCCUGCGUUUCUCCUGUCCAAGGUUGCUGGGUGGGGAUUCACGGCGCUUUCGACGUGACCGAGUGGGUUCUGGGGGGGGUCUGUGGGGGUACCGCCAGGCACAGUGCACGCUGCAUGAUACACCUGAAGACUUAACGCUGUGAGGGAAAUAAAACCGGGCGA